AUGACUGGACGUUUGGCUCGCGCAAGAAGAAAACAGGUAGAGUGCAAGUGGGACAAUCGCUUUGCUUUAACUCAUCCGAUGCUCUCCUCGGAUCAUUUGUUAUAUUUACACUACUUUACAGAUUUGAGCACAAUGUCGGAGGCUAACAUGCAAAAUAGACCGCUGCGUCCACAAGUUAAUGGAUAUGGCAUUUACAAGUAUGAGAGGACCGGUUCUCGAGACUCUCUAAUGACAAAUUACUUUACAUCACUGGAUUCCUUAGUUGGUGACUUUAGGGGCCUUAUGAAAAAUCCCGCAUACUCGGGAAAUACUCCAAGAACAUCUACACCGAUAAGAAUGAGAUCAGAGGCAAUGAUGAGGCAAUAUAGUGAACCUCUUGUAAUGCAAAUUGGACUUGAUGAACAGCGCCGUGUUAAUCAUCAUCGUCCAACAAGACAAGGUAGAAGCCCCCGUGUUUCCAGAGAUUCAAACAGACAAUGGAGAAAUAAUCGUUGCAUGAGUGGAAGUGGAAGUUCCACAAGAAACAAUCGUGCGGAACCAAUGUAUCCACCGGGGCUUUCAAACCAUAUCGCAAAGACUUUGACAAUUGAUCCCACCAACGGAAAUAGUUUUUCAGUAAACAGCAUCGACACAGAAGAUAAUGUUGUUCCACCGCCGAUGGAAAGUGGAUUGCCAGAGCAAUAUAUCGCAAAAUUUCCCCUAGUACGCUACGGUCCAAGGGCUCGAUCUACACAUUGUAACAUUUGUCUAGAGGACUAUACAGAUGGCGAAAUACUCAGGAAGUUACCAUGUAGGCAUAUUUAUCACAGGGAUUGCGUAGACACGUGGUUUAGGAGAAGAAGUAUAUGUCCAACAUGCAGGCUAGAUUAUGUUGUUAGGGCUGUCGCCUAA